CUCUCAGCCAAUCAGACUCGCGGAACACGCUCCGACAACAAACAAAAGAUCGAGCCUAGCCGAGCUUAUUAUACUUUAGUCGAUCCGCCUGGACUAACGCUUUUGUUACUUGCUAUCCACCCGGACCCGUUCGUCUGUGUCUCAGCCGCUCUCAUCAGAUCCUUUCCUGCAGAUAUUGUUCUCCGUAGUGUCUAUGUUGUGGCUUUGUGUCAGCUAAUGUCAACCUGAGCCAUUUCAGCGAUCAGUUCGGCUAAACACGUUAGCCAGGUUAGCUUCUAGGCUAACCAGCUCUGGCAGCCUCAAUACGAACCAGCGAAGCCAGUUAGCUUAGCCUCCUAGCUAGCUAGCUUUGCUAACCCCCCUUUAAAACUCGACACUGACCGACUCCAGCAGUUCUGGCUUGUUACUGACAAGCCACUUCACCAAAAGCCGUGUGGUAGCCAUGUCUGGACAGUCGACGGGCUGUGGGUUUCUGAUGUCGGUCGUUGUUCACGGAGAUUCGGCUCUGAACGAGCAGGAAAAAGAGCUAAACCAGCGACUUCGACGGCUCUAUCCGGCCGUUAACGAAAACGAGACACCGCUUCCACGCUCCUGGAGCCCGAAGGACAAGUUUAGCUACAUCGGAUUGUCUCAGAACAACCUCCGCGUUCACUAUAAAGGUCAUGGGAAAACCCCCAAGGAUGCUGCGUCUGUGCGGGCCACCCACCCCAUCCCCGCCGCCUGCGGUGUCUACUACUUUGAGGUGAAGAUCAUCAGUAAAGGCCGAGAUGGCUACAUGGGGAUCGGCCUCUCAGCUCAGGGUGUAAAUAUGAACAGACUCCCUGGUUGGGACAAGCACUCUUAUGGUUACCAUGGCGACGACGGCCACUCCUUCUGCUCAUCCGGCACCGGGCAACCCUACGGCCCCACGUUUACAACGGGCGACGUGAUUGGCUGCUGCGUUAACCUCAUCAACAACACCUGCUUCUACACAAAGAACGGCCACAGCCUAGGUAUCGCCUUCACAGACUUGCCACCAAACCUGUACCCGACCGUCGGCCUUCAGACGCCAGGCGAGGUGGUGGACGCAAACUUCGGCCAGCACCCGUUCGUUUUUGACAUUGAGGACUACAUGCGAGAGUGGAGGACGAAGAUCCAGGCCCAGAUCGACAGAUGCCCCAUCGGAGAGCGGGAGGGCGAGUGGCAGUCCAUGAUCCAGAAAAUGGUGGCUUCGUACCUGGUGCACCACAGCUACUGCGCCACCGCCGAAGCCUUCGCCAAGUCCACCGACCAGGCUGUGCACGAGGAACUCGCCUCCAUCAAAAACAGACAGAAGAUCCAGAAGUUGGUGUUGUCGGGUAGAAUGGGCGAAGCCAUCGAGACCACCCAGCAGCUGUACCCCAACCUCCUGGAGAGGAACCCAGACCUCCUCUUUAUGCUCAAGGUGAGACAGUUCAUAGAGAUGGUGAACGGGACGGACAGCGAGGUGAGGUGUCUCGGGGGACGCAGCCCUAAGUCUCAGGACAGUUACUCCGGCUCCCCCCGGCCCUUCAGCAGCCCCAGCCACAAAGCCAGCAGCUCCCAGCCCUACCUCACAGGGUUUGACAGCAACUGCUGUAACGGCGUGACGUCCAAUAAGAGCCACAGCUCCUCCCCCUUCAGUCACAAGCCCUGCCCCCCCAGCUCUGGCUCCGCCCUGCAGGGCUCUGAGGUCAGCCUGAACGGCAGCCGCAGCCAGCAGCCCCUAACCAGUAACGAUGUGGACAUGGAGGUCGACCACUUCACCAACGGUGUGACCGAGUCCUCCUCCAACGGCUUUCUGAACGGCACCUCCAAACACGCCACGGAGCCCGACGACUGCGACGCAGACAUGGAGGUGGAGUCGGCCCAGUCCAAGAGGCAGCUGUGUGGCGGGAGCCAGGCGGCCAUCGAGAGGAUGAUCCACUUCGGCAGGGAGCUGCAGAGCAUGAGCGAACACCUCCGCCGGGAAUGCGGCAAGAACUCCGCCAACAAGAAGAUGCUGAAGGAUGCGUUCAGCCUGCUGGCGUACUCCGACCCCUGGAGCAGCCCGGUGGGCUACCAGCUGGACGCUGUCCAGAGAGAGCCGGUCUGCUCCACUCUCAAUAGUGCAAUAUUAGAGACUCACAACCUCCCCAAGCAGCCCCCCCUGGCUCAGGCCGUGGGCCAGGCCGCCCAGUGCCUCGCCAUCAUGGCACGGACUGGCAUUGGCUCCUGCGCCUUCGCCUCUGUGGACGAUUACCUGCACUAGCCACACGUGUACACACCCACACACACACACACAUUCUGAAGGCUCACCCAGAAAGCUACCUCCCCUCGCUGCUGGAGUACCCGGCCGGGUCAGAGGUCGUUUCUGGAUGGACCUUCAGAGAUCGCCACAUUAAAACGAACCGACCACCUCCAUCGUCGUAAAUAAUAACCUUCACCCUGGUCUCUCAGAGGCGGCCAUGUUUGCAUCCUUCUGACAGGGAGAGGAAGUGGGGGGGGUUGGCUUUCAAAAUAAAAGAAAUACUCUGAGAGGCGAACUCGUGACUCGAAGCCGAAACACAAAAAACCUGAUCAAACUUUAAAAAAAAAAAGGUUCCCAGUGAGCGCUGAGGACGCGCUCCGCCGCCGCAGCCAAUCGCAGCCCUCCACCCUCUCUGCACCCCCCACCCUCCACUCACCCCGGGACGCGGCGCAGGCCCGGCGCUUUGGACUCGGGAACUCGAGGAAGCCGGAGAGAAUCUGCAAGUCUCGACUGUCCCGUUUUUAAUCUUCUGUUUAGUUUUUUUUUUUGAGCAGUUUGUGGGUAGGGGGCGCUGUGGAGGAGGGGUCACCUGCCGCCUCUUGUUUUGGUUUUAGUUUGUUUGUUUUCCAGGUUUACAAGGCAUGGUGCAGACCAUAAUGAUGAUGAUUAUUAUUAUUAUUCUAAUUAUCAUUAUAAUUAUUGUUACUUGCAUUCACAGUAUAUUUGUUGAGCGCCAGCCAGAGCGAGUUCCACCGACUUAUUAUAAUAAAGGUCCCGAUUCCACCGACUCCCCAGUGACCAGCGUGUGUACAUGUAAAUGUUUCUAUAUUACAAAGUGGAAAUAUAUCAAUAGAGCGACAUAUUUAGUUACCAAAAUAAUAACAAAGAGAGAGAAACCUUUAAUACUUUUCCUGACACCAGCAGACCCCUGAAGCAGGCUGGUUGUGUCCAGUUUGGCUCCAGGGUUUCUGAGCAGGCAGUAAAGGGACGACUACGUCAGGCCCAGCGCUCUCGGCUGUGAAGCUGUUUAAAGCCAUCGUUUGUUUUCCUGGUUUAUUUUCUGCUUUUUGACCCCGAAGAACUCAGGAGCCAGAGUGACGUUUAGUUUCUCCUCCAACCAAUCAGCUGAUGUGGGCCUCAUAUCCGUACACAUGAACCCGGUUUGGAUCAGAACCCGGUUUGGAUCAGAACCCACAGACCUGAGGCCUGUACUCCCAGGCAGGAUUACUCUUUAACAGACUUUAAGUUCCACAUUUUUUCCAAGAAAGAGCUCACUUCCACCUUGAUUGUUUGAAAAAUAUGCAAAACUGUAGAGAAAACAAUAACUAAAAAUCUCUUGAAACCUUAAACGAAAGUUAACUUAAUCUGAUUUUACAAGUUAAAAGAAAUUAUUUUAAAAAAUCCCUCUAGAGCUGCAGCUAGUUGUUUUCUUAAUCUCUUAAAUAAUUAGGAGGAUCUGCAAGUUAUAAAACAUAAUCUACACAAUUCCAAAUAUAAAAAUUAAUUACAGAUUUUGGUCCCAAACUAACUUAAGUAUUUUCCAACUGCCUAAAAUAAAAACUAGAUUGAUAAAAUUCAACAUAAAUGGCCACAAUGUAGCAAUGUAACAGAAGUUGGCUCAAAAUCUAAUAAAAUGUCACUAAAACUGCAUUAAGUAAUUAAUGCAGAAUGGAAUAAAAUCAUAGGAACCCUUACAUUUUGUGCCAAUUAGCUCUUUGUAAUGUAAUAAUUAUUACUUUGUUACAAAGUAAUAAUUAUUACAUUUAUUUAAUAAACCUGAAACCAGAGUCUGUGUUCAUCCUGAUUAUUAUUAUUAUUUCUAAUAACAAUCAUGUUUAAAUUUAAACUUUAAAUUUAGUUUUCAGACAAAACACUUCAUGUCAAUUUUAAUAUGUUGUUCAAAUGAGAAACUUUUUGGUUUUAAAUCAGUUUUUCAUCUUUUAAACAUCUUGAAUUUAUUUCCAACCUCUGACAGUUUGAUGGUUCUGCACCGUCAACAUUAGUUACCGUUUAGUUUCUAAAAUCUGAGCUUUUUUUUUCUUUAAUGUUUUGAUAGCAGAUUGGAGAAAUUUAAUAAAAUGAAUCAUUUUCAUGGUUUGAUGCUGUUUAAAUUCAUCCAUAACAACUUUGAUUAAAAUAAGGAACAAAGAUAAAGUUAAACCAGUUCAAAGAACAUUAAUAAUAAAGUUUGAGACUGAAGAGUGAAAUGUAGAAAGAGAAAUGAUGCAAACUUUGGAUUUUUUCAGCGUUUUUAGACCCUGGAGAUGUUCGGAAGAAGUUCACUCUCCAGGUCUGGAUUCAUUUAUGGGGAAAAACUCAGAAAUACUUCAGAUAGAUGAAUCAAAUUUUAUGGUUUGACCAAAGAUGAACGCUGAGCUAAAGUCAACAGAGCCAAUCGGAUCAGAACCAUAAGCAACCACAACAGAAUGGAAGAUAAAAUAAUUAAGUCAAAUGUGAUAUUUGAGCUUUUUGAUCAUUUUUUUGCUCCAGCAUUGAUUAAAUCUUUAACACUCAAGAGAAAUUAACGAAUAUAUGAUGAUUAAAUACAUAAAGCUUUGAUAAAUUAACAAGAGGCCGAGCGACAUGAACGGAUGAUUCAGUUUUUAGUUUACUGAAGGUGCAUCUCAACAUAAACCAACAUUAAAUUAAAUGUAUCAGUUUCUUCUGUUUGUGUUUAUUCUGAAUAUUUAACAAAGUCAUAAAAACAAUGAAAAUGUGAAUAAAGUUUCUCUUAAUCCUGCUCCAAAGUACAGAUCUCAGGUCUGAAAGUUGAAGCAAAUCCAAAGGAAAUUCAUGAAGGAUGAUAUUUUAUCUUUGAGGUUUUAAAACUGCAGAUUGAAGAAUCUGAUCAUAAACAUCUGAAUUCAUCAGCUCCUGGUCCAAGUCAGCGUAGAUCUAGAUGAACCUUUAUAUAGAAGCAGCAGCUCCAGAAAAAUGAAACCAUCUCUUUGAAUCGAACAUCCAGUUUCUGACCACAGUGAUGAGAUUUAACCGACUGGAAAGCACGGUGGUGGCAGUAUCAUGUUCUGAAAACAACAGGAGCAGGAAAAGAAACCAUUUCUAAAACCCGACGGGUCGCCCGAGCGUCCAGCGACUAAACCAAUCGGUUCUGGAAGGAAACGGCUCCGCUGUGUUUUAAUCCGUCUGGUUCCCAGAACUCAUCCAGGUGGAACUAAUCUGUUCUGUAUCAUCUUCUGUUUUCCUCUUUUUUUAUCCUUAUUUUUUGCAGUUCACAAGCAGUCAGAAAAAAAAAAAGAAAUCUUUAGACGAAGUGUCUGUUGUCUCUUUCUGAGUAAGGUCUGAACCUAUGCAUGCCAUAGUAAAGUGGUGGUAAGAUCCAGCUAGAUGUCUCCUUUCUUUCGGUUCUCCUCCUUUUAGCCAGGAAGAUGUCAACCAGUAAGUUGUCCACUGCUGACUGUGUCCAUUGGAGAUGAUUAAAAAAUGUGCAAUUUGUGUGAGGGUGAAAAGAUUUAUAUUAAAAACAACCAUGAUGAUGA